AUGUAUCAAACUAAUAAUUCAAUACCUUAUCAUCUGGGUUCAAAAAAGAAUAAUUCACAAGAAUCUUUUGAUUUCUCACCAGUACCUUCACGUACUCAUUUACAAUCAGUACUUGAUUCAAAUAGUAAUCUCAAUAAUAAAUCAGAUUCAACCUUAUUUCAUUAUUAUUCAAAUAAUACCCCAAAAUCAUCAAAUACAAAUAAUAACAGUAGAUUUGCUAGGGAUUCCCGAAGAACUUCUACUCAUGCCUACAACGCAUCACAACAUAGUUUCAACACAACACAACCUUUAGAUGAACCACAAGGACCAUUUGAAAAUACUGCCAUGUUAUCUCAUUCACACACUCCACGUCAAUUUCAACAACAACAACAAUAUCCUGAUGAUGAAUAUGAAAUGGUAAAUCUAAAUAAUCGAGAUUUACCUCCAUUACCUCCACAACCACCACAAUCUAAUUCAACUUCAUCAUCGAAUACAUUAAAUCCAAGAACUUACGAUAAUACUAAUUUACAAUCUCCAACUCCUUCAGAUCCAUUUAGUAAUAAACAUUUCUUUCAGCUGGAAAGUGAUAAAUUAGAAGAGGGAGAAUUCUUUUCAGAAAAUGAACGAGAUCGUUUCCGUAGAAAUGAAUCAAAUAGAUUACAAACAUUACGUUCAAAACCAAGAUUUCAUUGGACAAAAUUACCAUAUUUCACAAUUGUAAUCACCACAAUUCAAGUUGUUGUCUUCAUUGUAGAAUUAGUCAGAAUGGCCCAAUUAACAGGAUCAGCAUUCCAAACUGCUCCAUACUUUAAUCCAAUGUUAGGUCCAUCAACUUAUUUAUUCAUAAAUAUGGGUGCAAGAUAUGUCCCAUGUAUGCAUCAAGUUAAAGAUGUUACCGAUGAUACUUCAAUCUUAUUUCCAUGUCCAAAUUCAACCACGGUGGAUACUUAUGUCUGUUCAUUGAAUGAAUUAUGUGGAUUAUCAGGACUUCCAAUUGUUGAUAAUAAAUAUAUUCCUGAUCAAUGGUAUAGAAUAUUCAUUCCGAUUUUCUUACAUGCCGGAUUCUUACAUAUUAUCUUCAAUUUAUUAUUACAAGUUACAAUGGGUGCUUCAAUGGAACGUCAUAUUGGAAUUUUAAAAUAUGCAGUCAUUUAUAUCGCAAGUGGGAUUGCUGGUUUCUUACUCGGGGCAAAUUUUACUCCUGUGGGUAUUGCAUCCACCGGGGCCCUGGGGGCAUUAUUUGGAGUAGUGGCGACAAAUAUCAUGUUAUUUAUCUUUACCGGGAAGAAAAACACCAACAUGUAUGGAACUAAACAUUACACCUUAUUCAUCUGUAUUAUGAUUGGAGAAAUUGUCAUAUCUUUAGUACUUGGACUCCUACCAGGAUUAGAUAAUUUCAGUCAUAUUGGAGGAUUCGCCAUGGGUAUCUUAUUAGCCAUCCUAUUAUUAAAAGACCCAUAUUGGGUCUAUAUAGAUGGGAUUAUAAGCUAUAGAUUAAAUCCAAGUCUUUGGCAACAAUUCCUCAAUAAUUGGAAUCCAUUAUUUGCAAAAGAAGAUAAAAAAAACACUCAAUUUAUAAUCUGGUGUGCUGCAAGAGCUAUAGCUCUCAUUUUGGCAAUUGUUUAUUUUGUCGCCUUGGCUAAAAAUUUCUUUGAUUCUGAUUUAGAUCAGCUGAAUAAUUGUUCUUGGUGUAAAUAUAUCAAUUGUAUUCCUGUACAUGAUUGGUGUGAUAUCGGACAGGUUACAGUCAGUCAACAACUGGGUACUGCAACUGCAACCACAAGUCCAACUGCGGUGUUAUCAGAUAUGGAACCGGUGACAGCGACUACUGAUCCAACUUUAACUACCACGACCGGGGUGGGUCAGGUCAUAACUACAACCAUCGUGACGCCAUUGCCUACAAGUAUCGAAAAUCCAAAUGCAGUAGAUAGCGGCGAUGAUGGCAAUAAUAACCAGAAGAGAGAUAUUAAUAUAAUUAAACAGAGUCAUGUAUUUGAACAACAAAAAUUAAUUCAUAAUAAACAAAUUCAAGCGAAUGGAUUUGUGGAAGAACAAAAUUUAGGUGGAGGGAUAUAUAUAAUUAUUGCUAUGUUUACUUUUAUGUUUUUGAAAAAGAAGAGAUUGAUAUAG